GGCACCAGGCCAGCUCACAAAGCUAGUGGCUUACAGACCAGUGCUAGCCUCUAGAACCAUGGGGACCAGCCUGCGCAGUCAGUCCUUUCGAGAACCCCGGCCCUGCUAUGGGAGGCUCCAUGAGUCCCAGGGGAGAUCUCUGGAGGGCCGACUCCAUCGGGCACUGAGCCUCAGACAGGGCCAUGAAAAGUCUAGGUCGCAGGGCUUCGAUGGCACGGAAGGGCUGGAGGUCUCUGUCCAGAAGCGGCUGCCAGGGACCCUGGGAGACACAGAGCAGCUGAUCCAAACCCAGAGAGGAGGCAGCCGGCGGUGGCUGAGACAAUACCAACAGCAGGUGAAAAGAAGGUGGAGGAGCUUCGUCGCCAGCUUCCCCAGUGUGACCCUGAGUCAGCCAGCCUCCCCAGAUACCUUGUUGGACACCAACAGCUAGAGCUGCUGUGACUGUCCCUCACUCCACUGGCUACAUUCCUGCCUCUACAUGGCUUUUCUGGACUCUGAACUGCUCCAGCCUUUGAACUUUGUCUUGUGACCCAAGGAGGCCUCUGUCAUCACAUCAUUCAAGGCCCCAUGUGGUUGCCGUUCUUGGUUCUGGCACCUAUCUCUUAGCAAAGACCUCCAUAGGCCUGAGGAGAAGGUUCUCUGCCUGUUGGGUUUAAAGACCCCCUGGACUGACAUGUAGGUCUUGGGGACCUACACAGAAAUGAGAGUAGCAACUUUGAUCCCUUGUCCCCACACAGACCAGCCACCUACUUCCAGAUCAGAGUUCAGUGAAGCCAAAGAAAGGCUGAGAACUUCAUGAAUAUCACCUGAUCACAGCGCAAAGCUCCACCUAGCUUUCAGGGCAGUUGCUAGUGACUGGCCAAGACUUGAGCCUCCCUCAUAGAAUGUGAGCCUUCAAAGGCUAGGACCAUGUCUGGAGUGUCCUCAGUGUGGGUGCCGUGUGCCCAAGAAGCCUGAACAUGCAUAAUGCUGCCUUUGGACUUAACGAUAUCCUGAUGAAGGAAGCAGGGAAGUCUUCCUUCCCUGUGUGACAGAGGGAAACUGAGACCAGGAGUAGAGAAGAGGCCUUCAUCCUACACACAUACACAUACACACUUGUGUAAGAGCACAAUGCCUAACACUGGGGUUGAACACAUUAAUAAAGCCACUGAGCUGAA